UCGAAGCAAUGACUAAAAUGACAACUCUGACCGCUGACAAUAACUUUAUUAACAUUCGUGAUCAAUGCCUCUCAGCGUUUCAAAGUGCUGAUAACUUGAUUCAAAUGGCACGGAUGAAUAAUCUUUGUGAACAAUAGUCACAGAAAUAUCCAUGUUGCAAACCAAAAGAAAAAUUGGCAUCAGUCCAAACUCCAAUCGUUUCCCCCGGGUCCCUAGCCUAAUUUGCACCAUUGAACUUGGCUGUUUAGCGAGGGUAUGGCAAAGGAAUUAUUUUCAAACAUGGCAGAAUAUUUACCUGAUAGCGCAAUAUUCACGGUAUUAUCUGCCUUUCUUUUGUGUUAUUUCAUCUACUAUAUCAUCACCAGUCGACGCCAAGUUCGCCACCCACCAGGACCAAUCGGGUUACCUUUUCUUGGGAGUGUAUUUGCUCUUUCUUUCACGAAGAAGCGACAAUAUGAGGUGAUAAAUGAUUGGACAAAAAAGUAUGGUUCUGUGUUUUCCUUCAAGCUUUUGAACACCCGGGUCUACGUCGUUAGUGAUUUCCGCAUGGCACGGGAUAUCCUAGCAAGCACCCACGUGACCGCAAAGUUGCCAUUUCCAGUGCUAAAGACGCUUCAUGGAACGCACAACGCUGGCAUAGCGUUCUGUAGCGGAGAAGUAUGGCAGGAACAGCGUCGUUUAUUUGUAUCUUUCCUCAAGAAUGCUACUUUAGGCGGGGUCAGGUUUGAAAAACUCGUUGAGGAGCAAGCACAACGCGUUCUUUUGGAAAUGGAGAAGAUGGACAAGAAGAGCUUUGAUCCCAGAUACAUGAUCCAUGCUGCGCUAAACAACGUGGUCCUAAGAAUCAUGACUGGGGUGAAUUAUGAUCAUGGAGAUCCUGAAUUCAUCCUAUUCAUGAAACUCUCAUCACGCCUCUUCAGUUUGUUAGGUCCGGGAGGACUGCUAGCAGUGCUCCCGGUACUCGCAGCUGGCACUUCUAAAACGGGACAAGAUUUGACAGAAACAUGGAAAGACAUCCUGAUCUUCCUCAAGAAACGAAUUGCAGAGCACAAAAUAAAUUUCGAUCCGAAUCAGGAGACUACCGAUUUUAUGCACCUGUAUCUCCAGGAAAUGGCAAGAAGGGAGUCGCAGAAUGAUCAGCGAUCUUUCAAUGACACCAACAUGCUGGCGAGCACCUUUGAUGGGGUUAUAGGUGGAACAGACCCAACAGUCCUAAAUAUCUUAUGGAUCUUGCAUACAUUUGCUUGUUAUCCCGAGGCCCAACGCCGAGUUCGUCGAGAGAUAUCCGAGGUUAUCGGCAACGACAACUUUCCAAGAUUCUCUGAUCGACUACGAAUGCCUUUGACAAUGUCAACGAUCACAGAAUGUCGCCGUUUCCGACCAGUGGUUGAUAUUCUUAUUCCCCAUGUGGCCACAAAGGAUUGCAAGAUUGGCGAGUAUGACGUCACAAAGGGAGGCGUGGUUACGGUCAAUUUAUUUCAUUUUUCCAAAAGUCCUGACCUUUGGGACAAGCCUGAGGAAUUCCAGCCAGAUCGAUUCUUGACAGAAACCGGGGAGUUUGAUAUGAAGAAAGAGCCUCUCUUCUUUGGAAUAGGUCGGAGAGUUUGCCCGGGAGAGCAACUGGCGCGAAUGAACAUCUUUAUUUUCAUCACUCACAUCCUGAAGAGAUUUGCCAUCAGUCUUCCAGAAGGUGCUCCGAUGGACCUACCUGCUCUCCAUGGUUUAACUACCAAUCCAGAUCAUUUCGAGAUUCAUGCUGUAAAGAUUGAUGACGACUAGAUCGAAGGACGGAGGGGUACUCGUCACCUGACACAUGGGAAGCGUUUCAUGACAGGACUUGUCGGACAAGUCCUUACAAGUCCUGUUCUAUCCCACAGUUACCAUAUAGUAUAACAUUGCCUCUCAGCUAGCUAAAAUCCAGGCGAGUUGGCAGAUCUGGCAAAUUGUCGACAAUGUUGAUGAAAUGCUCCCCAAGGCGCCCUGGUUCUGUUGUAAUAAAAUGGACGGCAGGCAACGGUAUUCUAUCUUGGAUGCAUGCCAUUUAAAUCUGGGGUACCUCAGGAAUUAGUGAUCGGGCCACCUUAUUUCUGCUGUAUAUCUAUGGCAUCUAACUCAAUAUGCAUCACUUUACCGAUAACUGGUGUGAUCUAUGUAGAUAUCAACAUAAAAUAUGUUUCAUAUUACAAUACGACCACCAAAACGGCCACCAAACCAUUUCUGAUCGGUCUAGUGUCCUUUGGUACUUACAGAGUCAAGAAGACUGGGGAAGGUCCUUCCCCAUGAUGGAAGUGAGCCCCUGUACAACCAUGGACCUACAACGAACAUGGUAUAGCACAGCUUCGCAUUUUCAAACGGGCCAAUAUCCAAGGUCGAUGCAAGUAUCUCGGAUUUACCAUAUCAAAAGACCUCGGAUAAAAUACGAACUGUCAACUUGUUGUCAGCAUGGCCGGCAACAAUCUUCAGUUGCUGAGGAGAACUCGUUCACCUUAGUGUUCUUAAAUAGAACUGCACAUAAAACCCGGUUUCGACCACAGCUUGAAUGGUGCUGAUUCAGGAAGCCUAAACUUUUUAAAGAAAUCCGUUUGAAGGUUAUCUCUCUUUGUGGCCUCCUUGGAAAAAAUAUGAAAAGAUACGAUGUCAAAUUUCAUAUACUGAUUCCAUAUAGUGAUUUAUGUGUUUCGCUGAUUUUCAACUUUUGUUUUCUCAUUGUUUUCCAAUAAAAAUUUUGUUGCAUCAUCAUUUUUAUUGAGCAUUUAGUUAAUCGAUUUUAGCUGUAGUAAGAUUCUUUCCAUGGUUAAAAAAUUCUUUUUAAUCUGCUUCUUUUUAUGUGUAAUUAUCAUUUAUAUCAAUUGUAAAUAUAUGAAAUUAAAUUUGUAUAAUAAUUUGUGCCUUGUUGGAAAUUAAUCGAAUUUUAUAUUUGUUUAUGGGAUAAUUAUUGAUUGCAUCAAUCACACUCAUUUGGAAGACGGAUACUAGAUAAGCGCUUCGCGUAAGGAUUUGUUGGAUGUUUCAUGAUGUGAGGUUCGUUGGUCACCAUCGACGCUUCUCAGCCAACAUGGCCAAUCAUAAUCGAGGAAAGUUUUCAUAAAACCCUUCCUGACUUCCGUUUCAUGAAGAUUUACGAAUACACUCUUAAAUGUUGGGCAACAUAUAGUGUCCAUACAAUAAUUGGUUAAAUAUCCAACCCUGGGUAGUUUUCAACCCAUACUGUGUAGUUCUCACCUGAAGCCCACAUUAUUGGUUUAAAACUACCCAGAAUUUGAUAAAGAUUUGACUAAUUGUUGUAUGGACAGUAUGUUGCCAAUCAUAUUUAAGAGUGUAUACAUGGCCCUGGAAAGUGGGAACUUUUAAUAUCUAGGGUUGCAGGAGGGUUGUCCAGAAAAAAAUAGAUAAAACAAAUUGUCAAGCCAAAGUAACAGAGUUAUGACUUAAAAAUGAAGGAGAUUUGGUCGGAUGAAAUAAACUGAAGAGUUUAAUAAAAAGGGGGGGUGGUCAAAUCACGACAUCUUAGCAUACCAACCGGCCCCACGGGGUGCUGCCAAUCGUAAAUAACAUACACACCCCUCUUUCCAUGUCCAUGCAAAUACGGCAACUUUGUCAUUAUUGUCAUAACUACGGCCAUGUAAACAUUAUUUGUAUUUGGCCGCGCCGUUGCCAUGGUAGUUGCUAUAAUACAUCCUGGUCAACAGUGAAAGGACCUUCCAGGGGUCGUUGACCGUUCCCUGGGGCAGACAUGUUGCAGGGCAAAUAGUGAACACUUGUACAUCAAACCAUCAUAAAUCAUCGUAUUUAUGGCCUGAUGCUUACGUUUUUCACAUUGCCCUAUACUGUGACGUCAUCUGAGAACGCUCUACAGUUGUAUCUCUUUACGAGAUUAAUUAAACCUGAAGUUGGUACGAAGGGGCAAUCCUACACAGCACUGAAAAUUUCAUUAAAAUCGGAUGAACAAUAAGAAAGUUAUGACAUUUUAAAGUUUCGCUUAACAGUUAUGCACUUCUUGGUCGGUAUGAUGCAAAUGAGGGACGGAUAAGGUCAUCCACUCACUAUUUCUUAUACAUUUCUUAUGUUUUAUUCCUCCUUGAAUGUGUGGAAUUACCAUUAACAUUUUUUUUAAUUUUUCAUGGUUCAGACACUUUGACCCCUGUCAGUUCUGUACAAACAGAAAAUUGUAUGGUUCGAACAAUGAAAAUCAAAGGAAAUAAUGAGCGAGGGACUUCGUUGAUUCUCUCAUUUGCAUAUCACUGAGCUGUGCAUAAUAACUGUUGUGUGAAAAAUAAGCCGAAACUCUAAAAUGUCACAGCUUUCUUAUUAUUUUGCAUCGAUUGUGCUGAAAUUCAGUGUAAUUCUUGUUAUAUUUCUUCUCUAUUGAUUCGAAUCAACAUGCACUGGGACGGACUUGACCUUUAAUAACGUUAUGAUAUUACAUCAUCUUGCAAAUGGCACUUUGCCUUUAAAUCAUCCCCAUUCGACCCCGCAUUUAUAUACAGAAAGUGAUCGAAUCCGGGAAAGACGGAAGAUGUUAUCACAUAGGUUAUCUUACCACUGUUUCCUGCCAGCAUAAGGAUGAUAAAACACGCCAGAAAACAACCAGUAAGAGUUCUUCCAGCCA